AUGGCGCCAGGCCGUAUCGAUUCAUCUGUCGAGUCGGCACCUUUGGGAAAGACAACCAAGCCUACUGUAUACCUCUUGGACAGAUUCCAUCCUGAUGCAGAGAAGCAUGCACAGUCACUAUUCGAUGCGGUCCUUCCCGGUGACAGCCGUCACGCUCAAUGGCGGGAGAAGGCUGAAUACCUACUGAUUCGAGGCUCAUACCUGACAGCGGAUGAUGUGCAGUCAAGUCCAAGGCUCAAGGCGCUUGGGAAACAAGGCGUUGGCAUUGACAAGAUCGACGCCACAGCAUGCAGUGAACGGGAUAUCAAGAUCUUCACCACUCCGGGCGUCAAUGCGCAAGCCGUCGCCGAAACCGUCUUAACACUCACAAUGUCCGUAGCACGGCAAGUAGGGCACAUCACGGCGCAGCAGAGCCACGGCAAGCUGGUACCGAAAGAGAAGUGCUCAGGUCUGAUCAUAAGCGGCAAGACUGUUGGCAUUGUCGGUAUGGGAAACAUUGGCCAAAGGGUCGCCAGGAUAUUCCAAGGAGGACUGGGAUGUGACAUUGUUGCAUACGACCCUCUACUGCCCGCAGAUGCAUGGGCAGACAUACCACACACCCGCGCUAAGACGCUGGAUCAGGUCCUGGAAGUAUCUGACGUGUUCACGCUCCACAUCCCACUACUUCCUCAGACACGUAACCUCAUUGGGUACCAACAGUUGUCACAAAUGAAGAGUAAUGCAAUCAUAAUCAACGCUGCGCGGGGUGGUAUCGUCAACGAAGCUGACUUGGAACGCGCCUUGAAUGAAGGGUUGAUAUUUGGCGCUGGACUGGACUGCCACGAACAAGAGCCGCCUACACAAGAGCGAUACGGUGGACUCUGGGACACAGGACGCGUACAACGGCUGCGGUCGACAGAUUGGCCGAGUAUAUAA